AUGCCCGCCGAGAAUUCUAGCAACGCUUCAGAGCAGUUAGUGCCGUUGCGUCUACCCCUCGACAAUGUGGAAAUUGUCUCACUUUCAAUUAUCGUCACAGCAGCGAUCGCUUUAAAUUCUGUGGUCUUCAUUCAACUGUUAAAAUCAUCGAGAUUUCGAGCCCCCACAGCCAGGACAAACUUCCUCGCGGGACCCUACCACUUGACGUCUUUCACCCUCUUCAAGCUCAACCUCUGCAUCACUGACUUUAUCAUCCUGGCUCAUGGCAUUGGAAAAAUAAUAUGGAUCCUCAACAUUGACUGGCGUUUCGGCGUCUACAGCUGCAAGUUCUACAUGUUCAUCUCGGCCCUCGGCUUUUACGCAAACUCGAACGUGAUCGUGGCAAUCGGGCUGGACCGGUUGAAGGUCGUCUACACUAGCCAUGUGCAGGGAGCAACAUCCCGUCGCCGCGUGCAGAGUCUGAUCAGCGGCGCGUGGGCGCUGGCGAUCAUCUGCGCGCUGCCGCAGCUUUUUGUGUGGGACAUAUACCCGGUGACGCCCGAGUUCAACCAGUGCGUGUCGUUUUUGGAUCAACCAGCCAGGUGGCCCGUCUGGCUGCCCAUGCUGUACGAAAUGCUCCACCAAGCGGCCGUCUUCUGGAUCCCAUUUUCAAUAAUUUUCGUCUGCUAUUUCCUGAUCGUCAUCCGACUCCUCCACUAUACAUUUACCCCGAAAAAGAUCAUUCGCUCCGGGAAGAGCUCACACUCCAAUGCGUCUUGCCGGGAAAUUGCUUCUUAUGCUCCUUUAAGAUUACCGAUCUCAAACGAACGCCUCCUCCCCGAUGGCGCUCACCCAGAAAAAGUGGAUUCUCAAAAACUGCCCCUAUCCAUCUGGCUUUCCGCCCCAACCACCCCAAAGAAAAUCUCCACGGCCUCUGACCCGGGCCCCAGAACAAUGGAGAAAAAGAAGAAACUACGAGUGCGCCUGACGGGCUUCUCCGCGUUCACCCGUGAGGGAAGUCUGCCAAUAUGGCGCAGACAAUUGCGGUCCAGGAUAUUUCUAACCGCGCUUGUCGUUGUCGCGGCUCACUGUAUGAUGUGGUUGCCGUAUAAUUUGAUUAGCACUUUGCGAAUGGUUGACGAGCAACGUUUCCGAGAAAUCGCCGAAACGGGCGGGAAUCUACUCGAAGAUUUGAUAAUUUUAAAUUCCUUCAUCAACCCCCUACUCUAUUCUUCAAUUUCUUUACGUCCCAUCUUUCGAUUAUGC